AUGUAUCAAGGGUGCCGGACCAAAGUGAGGACACCUUGUGGAGAGACUGAGGAGUUCGAAGUUACAGUCGGGGUGCACCAGGGAUCAGCGCUUAGCCCUUUCCUUUUCCUGGUCAUACUGGAAUGCUUAACAAAAGACACUAGGAGAGAGGCUCCGUGGGACAUGCUUUUUGCAGAUGAUGUUGUUAUAUGCACCAAGACAAGGCAGGAGGUGGAACGAAGAUUAGAAACGUGGAGGCACGCACUCGAAAGAAGGGGCCUGGAAGUAAGCCGGAAGAAAACAGAAUACCUGUGUACUGGUGGGGGAGAAAAAGAAAAAGGUUCCAUUAAGAUCCAAGGGGAAGUGGUAAAUAGGGUAGGAGAUUUCAAGUAUCUCGGGCAACAGUACAGGAGGAUGGUGGAGUGGAGUGUGAGGUAUCAAGACGGAUUCAAUCAGGAUGGGAAUAGUUGGAGGAAAAUAACAGGUGUUGUGUGUGAUCAGAAGAUACCAAGUAAAGUAAAAGGAAAAUUACAUAGUACCAUGGUAAGACCAGCUAUGAUAUGUGGAUUGGAAACAGCAGCGCUGACCAAAGGGCAAGAGGAGAAGCUGGAAGUUGCAGAAAUGAAGAUGAUGCGAUAUGAGGUGGGAGUUGCAAGGAAAGACAAAGUCAGAAAUGAAAACAUCGGGGAGAGACUAGGCAUUGAAAAGAAGCUGACAGAUAAGAUCAAGGAAAGCAGACUGAGGUGGUUUGGCCAUGUCUAUCGAAGGGAUGAGAGCUAUGUUAGGAAGAGGGUUAUGAAAAUGACUGCGGGGAAAGGAAAAAGAGGCAGGCCAAAGAGACGUUGGUCUGAUUGUAACAAGGAAGAUCUGGUAAGUGUGGGGGCUGUGGCUAGAGACGCUGCAGAAAGAAUUUCCUGGAGAAGAAUUGUCCGCACCGGCAACCCCGUUGUGACGGGAGACAGCCAGUAG